UUGGAUUCCUCAUCGCCGCCUGCAUGCUGGAUCUCCAGCGAGCCCUUGCUCUCCUCAUCAUGAUGUGCAUCGUGGUUUUCUUCAUGGUUUACGGGCUGGUGAAGAAGUUGUUCGGGGAACAGAUCCUCCACUUCUUCUCCCCUGCGUGUUCCUUCCUGCAGAGAAACAGCAAAUGGUUCAAAUGGCUGGUUGCCCUGUUGGCGGUGGUGGGACUAGUUGCCUGGCUUGGCGCGGACACGGCAAGAAGACCCAAACAGCUGAUUUCCUUCGGAGGAUUGUGUACGCUCGUCACCUUGCUCUUUAUCUUCUCCGCAAGGCCGCAGGCGGUGUCAUGGAGAGCACUGUUUGUGGGGCUGGGAUUACAAUUUAUUCUCGGCAUCUUCAUCAUCAGGACGGAGCCCGGCUUUCAGGCUUUCAACUGGCUUGGGAUCCAAAUCCAGACUUUCCUGAAUUAUACGACUGCAGGAUCCAGUUUCAUCUUCGGAGAUCAGCUGAUCGAUGGCAUUUUCGCAUUUCAGGCGCUGCCGAUUGUUGUCUUCUUCAGCUCCGUGAUGUCCAUUCUCUACUACAUUGGCGCCAUGCAGUGGAUAAUUCUCAAGAUUGCGUGGCUGAUGCAGGUCACUAUGGGCACGUCGGCAACGGAGACUCUGAGCGUCGCUGGCAAUAUCUUUGUGGGACAGACGGAAGCGCCUCUUCUCAUCCGACCCUAUCUGAUGGAGAUGACCAAAUCAGAGAUCCACGCUGUGAUGACUGGGGGCUUUGCUACCAUCGCUGGCAGUGUGCUUGGAGCCUACAUCUCCUUCGGGAUUAAUGCGUCCAAUUUGAUAGCGGCAUCCGUGAUGGCAGCGCCGUGCGCUCUCGCUCUUUCCAAGCUCAGCUACCCUGAAGUCGAAGAAUCCAAGUUCAAGACUGAGGAAGGAGUGAAACUAGACAGUAGCGGAGAACAGAAUGUUCUAGAAGCUGCAAGUAAUGGUGCCUCUGCCUCGGUUGGUUUGGUUGCUAACAUCACCGUGAACCUGCUUGCAUUUUUAGCUAUUCUGAAGUUUUUGAACGCGGCUCUCUCUUGGUUUGGAGGUAUGGUGGACUACCCUCAGCUCAGCUUCGAGAAUAUUUGCUCUUAUAUCUUCAUGCCUCUGGCCUUCAUUAUGGGAGCUGAUUGGGAAGACUCGUUCCUCGUUGCCGAGCUGAUUGGAGUUAAACUCUUCCUCAACGAGUUUGUGGCUUACCAGAACCUUUCCCAGUACAGGAGCAAACGUCUAGCAGGAGUAUCUGAAUUUAUCAACGGCAAGAAGCAAUGGAUCUCACCUAGAGCCGAAACGAUAUCUACCUACGCUCUCUGUGGCUUUGCGAACUUCUCCUCGAUCGGUAUCAUGCUCGGGGGACUCUCUGCCAUAGCUCCAAACCGUAAGAGUGACUUUGCAGAAAUAAUCAUCAGAGCCCUCGUCACUGGAUUCUUCACUUCGCUGGUGAACGCAUGUGUCGCAGGGAUCCUGUACGUGCCGAGGGAGGUUUUAGACUGCAUCAGCUACCUCAAUAGCAGUGACUUCAGUGGGACCAGCACCGACUUGCAAAGCUGCUGUUCCAGUCUCUACGGGAGCACCAAUAUGACUGGAAAUGGAAACUUUACCUUCGAAGGACAAUGGACAAAUGUCAGUCAGAGUUUCUUGCAAAGCUGCUGCAGUGUCUACAACACCAGUGCACCCUGCCAGUGAUUCUUCUAGUUUUCCUCCCGAUAUUUGUAUAUAUUUUUUUAAUUCACUGUGUCCUGUCAUCGUGUUAGCCUUGGAUGCAGAGAUGGUCCACAAACCAUUCUCUGCAGAACAAAGAUUUUGAUGCAGGUUUAUACAUGCGAUUGUAAGAAUAUGCGUCACAGGUCUGCUCAUCGUAACACAAACGUAAUUUCAGCCCCUAGCAAUUCUCUCUCUUUCUGAUCUAGACCCGCAAACUUACAAUUCUGUAAAAAUGUUUCCAUUCCCGUUGAUUGUUCUGUUAUUUUAGAUGAAUACAAUUUUUGGUAGUAUUGUAGAAAUCUAUCAUUAAUAUCUUUAGGCAGUGUUAAUGUUUCUCCCUUAUCUGUUCUAAUUUUGUGUAUUGUUUUUUCCCCGUCCAAUUUGCGAAGUUGACGCGCUAAUAGUUUUUGUGGUUUGUCACCAAAUUCAAAAUGUGAUUGUUUUGUAUGUUGAUAAAGUUUUAUAACUUGGUCUGAAUAAAUCUUGUUUAAUUUAUAUUUCAAUACUGCAAUUUUAUUGUGUUUUAUCGUGGAUGGUGCUGCUGCAUUUUCUGUGUCUAAUUGCUUUAUUUCCAUUUCCAGUUUCUGUUGUUUGGCCCUAUUCUCUUUAUUAAAACAUGAUUGGGA